UUUGUUGCCCUGGCAACUUGGCCAGGCUCUUGGUGAGUGAUCUCCAGAUACUGCAGUGGUCAGAACAUGGAGAACUUCUCACUCCUCAGCAUCUCUGGUCCUCGAAUCUCUUCUGCUCUGAGCACUUUUCCUAACAAAACAUCAUCACGUGCCACCAGCUUGCCAGACAUUGUAAAGACAGCGGCACCCUCAGAGGCCUCCAGCCCAGCUCAAGUCCUGCCCACCCAGUACCCAAGCAGCACUUUCCGGCAUGGGGUGCGGAACACAGCGCUCUCAUCAGACUGCAGCCUGGGGGACACGCAGAAUGGGGAGCAGCCGAGGCGGAACUGCGCCAUCUACCGGCCCUGGUCCUCCCCUUACAGCUACUUCGUAUACACUGACAAAGAGAGCCAUCAGGAGGCCUACAGCUUCCCAGAGCUGCAGCGGGAUGAAGGCAGGGGGGACAACUGCCUUCCCGAGGAUGCGGUUGACAGUAUUUGCUCGUCCUCUUCCUCCCCAGAGAACACAUGUCCUCGAGAGGCCACCAGGAAAGCCAGGCAUGGCCCAGAUUCCUUGGACUACAUCACGUCCCAGGAUAUCCUGAUGGCCUCCAAGUGGCACCCAGCCCAGCAGAAUGGCUACAAGUGUGCAGCCUGCUGCCGCAUGUACCCCACCCUGCACUCCCUAAAGAGCCAUAUCAAGGGGGGUUUCAAGGAGGGCUUCAGCUGCAGGGUGUACUACCGCAAGCUCAAGAGCCUCUGGGGCAAGGAACAGAAGGCACGGCCAGGGGACAGGCUUUCCUCUGGCAGCUGCCAGGCCUUCAAAUAGUCCUGCUGGGUAUUUCAGGCGAACAGGGGAUGAAGCCUUUUUAUGUAUCUAGAGAGAUGCCAAUAAAUCAGUUAGUCACA